GAAAAUUUUUGCAUCAAAUUGGGUCCCUAGAAAAAAAUUUUUAAUUCAAUUAAGGCCAAAGUGUGCCAGCUCUCAAUUUUAUCCCAGUCAGCAUUUCCACGUGGCUUUUAUUAUUAUUUUUUAAUUUAAAAAAAUAAUUAAAAAUUAUUUUUAAUUCCAUCUCAGUUAAGUAAUCAGAAAAAAAAAUUAAAAAACUUAAUAAAUAACCUAAUCUAACUAAUAAACUAAUAAACUAAUCUAACCUAAUCUAAUCCCAAAUCUAAUAAUCUAACCUAAUCUAAUCUAAUAAUCUAACCUAAAACAAAGUAUCAAAUUGAACCCAAUCCCAAAUUCCCAAUUGAACCCUAACUGAGGAGAACGAAGAACACGAUUGAGAGACAGCUCCACGAACGAGAGAGUUGCAGGAGGGAGGAAGGAGCUGAGCGAAGGGUGAAGAACGACAAGAAGAGAAGCGAACGAAGCUUGUUGGGUCGACUGAGAUGAAUUCUCAGAACCACGAAGCAUCGAAGAACCCAAGGCUCAGUGGUCGUUCAUCCACAUCUUGUCCUUCACCCUCACUUUCAUGCAAGACUUGUGGCUGUGGGAAAGAGGUAAUUCUCUACCGAUCCAAUUCCAAGAAUAACCCAGGAAAGCUAUUUUGGAGGUGCCCUGAUUGGAAGGAGAAAGGGACUUGUGGUUUUUUCGAAUGGGAUAAAGGUGUUGCUGCUGAAGAUGGUAUGCAGGGUUCUUCAAAUCUGAAUGAAGACAUAAAUGACAUUAUGGAAAAAAGGAUUGCUAGUUUGAGGGAAGAUGUUAAGGAAAUAGUGCACAGGGCAAUUAUUAAGUUAUGUGAAGACAUGAAUGAGAAGGACAACAAAAUUGAGAUGAUGAAGAUGAAGCUGGAAACAGAGGGAUUGAAGAUUAAUGUGCUCUUGUUCUUUUUAGGCAUUACUUUGGCUGUAGCAGUGUCAAAGUUUUUCUAGGAAUGGGGUGUGGUGGAUUUAGGGCUUAGGUUCUUAUGUGUUGUCCAAGUUGAACUUCUUUUGUCUGCAUUGUAUGGCUUUUGUAUUUUGCCAGGAUUGAAUUGAAUGCAAAAGGUCCUAUGUAAUGAAUGCAACAUCCAGCAUGAUUAAAUGCAAUGUGUUCUGGUUGUUUUGAACAUAAAGUAUGGUCUUCAAUUUUGUUAUGUUUUCCCCUGCAAUGUUCCAUAACUCAUGCACACAAUAAAGUAUACUU